UAGAGUCUUGUAAACACUCGUUAAUCACGGAAGGCCGCCGGCCUGGGGCUCCGCACGCCAGCCUGUGGCGGGUCUUCCCCGCCUCUGCAGCCUAGUGGGAAGGAGGUGGGAGGAAAGAAGGAAGAAAGAGAGGGAGGGAGGAGGCAGGCCAGAGGGAGGGACCGCCUCGGAGGCAGAAGCGCCGCGAGGAGCCAGCAGAGCACCGCAGGCUGGGGCGCAGCCACCCGCCGCUCCUCGAGCCCCCUCGCCCCUUUCCCUUCGUGCCCCCCGGCAGCCUCCAGCGUCCGUCCCCAGGCAGCAUGGUGAGGUCUGCUCCCGGGCCCUCGCCACCAUGUACGUGAGCUACCUCCUGGACAAGGACGUGAGCAUGUACCCUAGCUCCGUACGCCACUCUGGCGGCCUCAACCUGGCGCCGCAGAACUUCGUCAGCCCCCCGCAAUACCCGGACUACGGCGGUUACCACGUGGCGGCCGCGGCUGCAGCGGCAGCGAACUUGGACAGCGCGCAGUCCCCAGGGCCGUCUUGGCCGGCAGCGUACGGCGCCCCACUCCGGGAGGACUGGAAUGGCUACGCGCCCGGAGGCGCCGCGGCCGCCGCCAACGCCGUGGCUCACGGCCUCAACGGGGGCUCCCCGGCCGCCACCAUGGGCUACAGCAGCCCCGCUGACUACCACCCGCACCACCACGCGCAUCACCACCCGCACCACCCGGCCGCCGCGCCUUCCUGCGCUUCUGGGUUGCUGCAAACGCUCAACCCCGGCCCUCCUGGGCCCGCCGCCACCGCUGCUGCGGAGCAGCUGUCCCCCGGCGGCCAGCGGCGGAACCUGUGCGAGUGGAUGCGGAAGCCGACGCAGCAGUCCCUCGGCAGCCAAGGUAAGCCGAGGCUGCGCCCUGCCCGACCCUGCUUGGGAAGGCGCGGGCCGAGCCACUGGCUGCUGCGCGUCCGCCCGUCCGUUACGCACAGGGGCGUCCCGGGCUGUCUGGGAGCUCCGCGCCAGGAGGGACACGGUCCGGGAACAAAUUCGGGGGCCUCUGGACCCUCGGGCUCCUCAUUCGCAACCCCGGGACAUCUUCGGGAAGCUCUAGGGAAUGUCGGCGCUGUGCGUGGGACAGUGUUUGGCCAUUCAGGCCAAUUCAAGGUACAGCGAGCAGACAGACCAGGUAGAGCUGCUGUCGCUGGGAAGAAGGUGCUGGCCCGAGCUGCUAAGGCGACGGGGGCGCGCCCCGUCUCUGAACCUCUGACCUGUGAAGGUGUCAUUUCAAGCAAAAGCUGGAGGGGUAGGGGCAAGAAACUGAGGGGCAGUCGUCUGCGGAGAGAGCAGGGAGACGGGGAGGAAACCCUGGUGGAAAUUGAGCCGCUGCUCCAGGGGCUGCUUCUGGGCAUCGGUUUCUGCGUCACUGUGCACAUGCUAGGGAGAGUCCUGGUGGGAAUGCGGCCGUCCGGGGAGACGGCCACAGAUCAGCCUCGGGUGGGCCGCAGAGCUUUGGUUUGGUCCCUUCUCCAAGAGGAGGCGCCUUCCUCCUGGCAGGGGCCCCCAGAUCCUGGCUCCCAAAGACCCACUUUCUACAGCGCAUGUCUGGGGAGCGGUGGCGGAGGUCGCGCACGCCCUAAGGAAGACUUUUGCGUGUCCCGGGAGAGUGGCCGCGGGGUGCGGGCCGGGAAGGGGGCGGGAGGGAAGCCGCCAGAGCCCAGGCCGCGAGGUCAGCAGAUCCCCGCUCCUAGGUUCCCAGGGGGUGUGGGGCGCGGGCCGAAGAGCGUACAGGGUCUGGUCAUCGCGUUGCCCGGCCCGUCUGGGACACUGAAGGGGCAGCACCCGAGCAAGGGUCGCUCCGAGGUGCGAGUACCAAUGGCCUGGAGUGGGUUUGAGGCGGUCACGCGUGUCCAAGCGUCCACCGCGGAGAAAGUCGCCGGCUCGGGGGAGCUCCCUCUGAUCAGGCCUGUAUCUUCCCAGGACGCUUUUGUUGUGGUUUGCAAAGGGUUUUACCUGAACAAAGUCAGCCUGCGGGACAUUAAACACCUCCAGGCAACUCCCAGGCCCUUCAGAUCUUUCUGUGGGACUGGGCACUGGGAGAUUGAACCUGUUCAGCUGCAAGAAGACCCAAAAGUGGGACGGAGCCAGAGAGAACAGCUUCUGACCAGGGCUCUGCCAAGGGCUGAGCCAAGACAGACCUGGUGGAGACGCCAGGCUCGGGCCUGCUCCAACAUUGUGGACACUAUUUUCUCUCAUAAAAACUACAGGGACAAGACUUGGUUCAUGAACAUUUUAUUUAUAUCGUCUAGAAAAACAGGCCAACUUCACAGCCAGGAAGCCACACAAUUAAAUCUCAUUUUCAGCUCUAAGGUUAAAAUCUGGUUUCAGAACCGCAGAGCGAAGGAAAGGAAAAUCAACAAGAAGAAGUUGCAGCAGCAACAGCAGCAGCAGCCGCCGCAGCCGCCUCCGCCGCCACCACAGCCUCCCCAGCCUCAGCCAGGUCCUCUGAGAAGUGUCCAGGAGCCCUUGAGUCCGGUGUCUUCCCUGCAAGCGUCAGUGCCUGGCUCUGUCCCUGGGGUUCUGGGGCCAACUGGGGGGGUGCUAAACCCCACUGUCACCCAGUGACCCACAGUGGUCUGCAGCAGCAGAGCAAUUCCAGGCUGAGUCAUGAGGAGCGUGGACUCCGCAAAACUCCUCAGGAGAGACCCCUCCCCUCCCACCCACAGCCAUAGACCUACAAACCUGGCUCUCAGAGGAAAAAUGGGAGCCGGGAGUAAGACAAGUGGGAUUUGGGGCCUCAAGAAAUAUACUCUCCCAGAUUUUUUACUUUUUCCCAUCCGGCUCUCUCUGCCACUGAGGAGACAGAGAGCCACCACUGGGCUUCAUUCAGGACUGCCAGAAGCAUUGCCUGGACCGACCACACCAACGAGGCCUUCAGCCUCCUCCCCAGCUCUUCUCAUCCUAGAUCUGCAGGCUGCACCUCUGGCUAGAGCUGAGGGGAGAGAGGGACUUAGGGGAACAGCAAGCUUGAGGCCAGCCUGCUCAUGGCCCUCGGAGGUCCAGCUGGGCCUCCUGCCUCCGGGCAGGCAAGGUUUACACUGCAGAAGCCAAAAAGGCAGCUAAGAUAGAAAGUUGGACUGACCAAAGACUGCAGAACCCCCAGGAGGCCUGUGUCUUUUUUCUCUUCCCUUCCCAGACCAGGAAAGGCUUGGCUGGUGUAUGCACAGGGUGUGGUAUGAGGGGUGGUUAUUGGACUCCAGGCCUGACCAGGGGGCCCAAACAGGGACUUGUUUAGAGAACCUGUCACCAGAGCUUCUCUGGGCUGAAUGUAUGUCAGUGCUAUAAAUGCCAGAGCCAGCCUGGACUUCCUGUCAUUUUCACAAUCUUGGGGCUGAUGAAGAAGGGGGUUGGGGGGUUUGUGGUGUUGUUGCUGCUGUUUGGGUUGUUGGUCUGUGUAACAUCCAAGCCAGAGUUUUCAAAGCCUUCUGGAUCCAGGGGGGAAGAAGUGAUAUGGUGAAGGGAAGUGGGGAGUAUUUGAACACAGUUGAAUUUUUUCUAAAAAGAAAAAGAGAUAAAUGAGCUUUCCAGAUUUCA